AUGCGAAGGACAUUUCGCCUGCUCGCGGGCGUCAAGCCUGCUAGGUAUCUCGAACCCGGCACACCGACGGGCCUAACGGGCCUCUGGACGCACAACAGUCCCCGGUCGACCUUGCUGUACCUGUACAGCACCACCCUCGAGAAGCUCAAGACAUUCCCCGAGUCCUCUCUGUACCGUCAGUCUGUCGAAGCCAUCACAAAGCACCGCCUCAGUCUCGUCGAAGCGACGGAACCCCCGGGUCUCGCUGAGUGGGAGAAAAAGGCCGCGCAGAUCGUCAAGGAGAAGCCCGAACAGUUCCGCCUCGUUAGCGGCCGCGUUGACGGCAGCGGCGCCCGGACGGUGAAGCUCGGCAACCGAACAUUCGUUGUUGGCACCCAGCACGACGCUGGGGACAUUCGCGUUGAGGAAUGGGACGGCGAGAAGGACGAGGGUGGUACCCUCGAGGGUCCCCGUACCGAGGCUGAGCGGAAGGACCACCAGCUUCUUGCCAGCCGCAAGGAUCUGAACGACAUCGCCAAGAUUCAGUGGGAGCCCGAGCCGCAGUUGACGGCCGACCAGAUCUCCGAGCUGGAGAACAAGAUUGGAGCUGGCCUCAUUGAGGAGGUCAUUGAAGUCGCCGAGGGCGAACUUAAGCUUGUCGACGUGAUGAAGCAGGCCAAGGUGUGGGAGGACCUGGAGGAGAAGCCCAUCGAGGGCCAGUGGACCUACUUUGAGCGCCACUCCGCAUAG